CUCUUGUUUCUUUAUAAAUAAUUAUUGCUCAUUUCCAUUGUCUUUCGUAUUUCGUCAUACAUUUCUGUCUCUUGGUCUCUUGCUCUUAGGCGACACAGUCACAGGCUCUGACACAAUGGAAAUGAAGAAAGUGGUACUGAAAUUGGAUUUACAUGAUGACAAAGAUAAGAAAAAAGCCAUGAAAGCAGUCUCCGGCCUCGCAGGGAUUGAUUCAAUCGCUAUGGACAUGAAAGACAAGAAGUUGACAGUGGUCGGCUUCGUUGAUCCGGUUGAUGUGGUGAACAAAUUGAGAAAAUUAUGGCACACAGAGAUUCUGACAGUCGGGCCGGCAAAGGAGGAGAAGAAGACUGACAAGAAGGAUGAGGGGAAGAAAGACGGCGGUGGUGGUGGUGCGAAGAAGGAGGAUGACAAAAAGAAAGAAGAAGAGCUUGCUAAGGCAAUCCAAGCCUAUCACGCCUACCAAUCAUACAAUAAUCCUUAUACGACCUACUAUUCCCGUCCUGUGGUUUAUGAAGAAAACCCAAAUUCUUGUGUUAUUUGUUGAUUGUGCAUGAGACUACAUAUUAGUUGAUUAGAUGAUGUAGAUAAGAAAUGAAGAACAAUUGCUGGGUUUUGUAUAGUUCAUCAAUGUGGUGUGUGAAAGUGAGAAACGUUUGUAUACAUUUUGGAGAAAGCAACGCAGAUAAAUUUUUAGGUAAAACCCAUUUCAGCUGUUACUUUA